AUGUCUCAGCCGCCGCCGCCGCCCCCGCCGCCGCCGCUGCCGCCGCCGCCGCCGCCGCCGCCGCCCCCCCCCGAGGCUCCGCACAGCCCGCCGUCCGUGGCGGCGGCGGCGGCGGCGGCGGCCGCGGCGGCGGCGGCGGCGGCGGCGGCGGCGGCGGGGGCCGCCCCGGGGGGGCUCUCCAAGCGCCGGGACCGCAGGAUCCUUUCCGGGAGCUGCCCGGACCCCAAGUGCCAGGCGCGCCUGUUCUUCCCGGCCUCGGGUUCCGUCAGCAUCGAGUGCACCGAGUGCGGGCAGCGGCACGAGCAGCACCAGCUGCAGGGCGUGGAGGAGGUGACCGACCCGGACGUGGUGCUGCACAACCUGCUGCGGAACGCGCUGCUCGGGGUGACGGGGGCGCCCAAGAAGAACACGGAGCUGGUCAAGGUGAUGGGCCUCUCCAACUACCACUGCAAACUGCUGUCGCCCAUCUUGGCUCGCUACGGAAUGGACAAACAGACGGGCCGGGCCAAGCUGCUCCGGGACAUGAACCAGGGCGAGCUGUUCGAUUGCGCCCUGCUCGGGGACCGCGCCUUCCUCAUCGAGCCCGAGCACGUGAACACGGUGGGCUACGGCAAGGACCGCUCCGGGAGCCUCCUCUAUCUGCACGACACGCUCGAGGACAUCAAGCGCGCCAACAAGAGCCAGGAGUGCCUCAUCCCGGUGCACGUGGACGGGGACGGACACUGCCUCGUGCACGCCGUGUCCCGGGCCCUCGUAGGCCGGGAGCUCUUCUGGCAUGCCCUGAGAGAGAAUCUCAAACAGCACUUUCAGCAGCACCUGGCCCAGUAUCAAGCCCUGUUCCAUGACUUCAUCGAUGCCGCCGAGUGGGAGGACAUUAUUAACGAGUGCGAUCCUCUGUUCGUGCCACCCGAGGGCGUGCCCUUAGGCCUGAGGAACAUCCACAUAUUUGGCCUCGCCAACGUGUUACAUCGCCCCAUAAUCCUGUUAGAUUCCCUGAGCGGCAUGAGAAGCUCCGGCGACUAUUCAGCCACCUUCCUGCCCGGGCUCAUACCCGCGGAGAAGUGUACUGGAAGAGAUGGUCACUUGAACAAGCCAAUCUGCAUCGCGUGGAGUAGCUCCGGUAGAAACCAUUAUAUCCCCCUAGUCGGCAUAAAAGGGGCCGCCCUGCCCAAACUGCCUAUGAAUUUGCUUCCAAAAGCAUGGGGUGUGCCUCAAGAUCUUAUUAAGAAGUACAUCAAACUUGAGGAGGACGGCGGUUGUGUUAUUGGAGGAGACAGAAGUCUGCAAGAUAAGUACUUACUUAGACUUGUUGCUGCUAUGGAAGAAGUCUUUAUGGACAAACACGGCAUCCAUCCGAGUCUGGUAGCUGACGUCCAUCAAUAUUUCUACAGAAGGACUGGUGUGAUAGGAAUUCAGCCUGAAGAAGUAACAGCAGCUGCUAAAAAAGCAGUGAUGGAUAAUCGCCUUCACAAAUGUUUGCUCUGCGGUGCCCUUUCUGAACUUCAUGUUCCUCCUGAGUGGUUGGCUCCAGGAGGGAAACUGUAUAACCUGGCAAAAAGUACUCAUGGACAGCUGAGGCCUGACAAAAAUUACAGCUUUCCUUUGAACAAUUUGGUUUGCUCCUAUGAUCAGUUGAAAGACAUUCUGGUACCAGACUACGGAUUGAGUAAUUUAACAGCUUGUAAUUGGUGCCAUGGCUCGUCUGUGCGAAGGGUCAGAGGAGACGGAUCUAUUGUGUAUUUGGAUGGAGACAGAACUAAUUCUAGGUCCACCGGUGGCAAAUGUGGUUGUGGAUUCAAACACUUUUGGGAUGGUAAAGAGUAUGACAAUCUACCAGAAGCUUUCCCUAUUACUUUGGAAUGGGGAGGAAGAGUGGUCCGAGAAACAGUUUAUUGGUUCCAGUACGAAAGUGAUCAGUCUUUGAAUAGUAAUGUUUAUGAUGUUGCAAUGAAACUUGUUACCAAGCACUUUCCAGGUGAAUUUGGGAGCGAAAUCCUAGUUCAAAAAGUUGUCCACACUAUAUUGCAUCAAACUGCCAAAAAGAACCCUGAUGAUUACACGCCUGUAAACAUAGAUGGUGCUCAUGCCCAGAGAGUUGGAGAUGUGCAAGCACAAGAAGAGUCUCAGCUCCCUACUAAAAUUAUCCUUACUGGACAGAAAACAAAGACUUUGCACAAGGAAGAGUUGAACAUGAGUAAAACCGAAAGAACUAUUCAGCAUAAUAUUACAGAGCAGGCUUCUGCAAUGCAGAAACGGAAAACAGAAAAGUUAAAACAAGAACAAAAAGGGCAACCUAGAACUGUUUCUCCCAGUGCCAUCCGAGACGGUCCAUCCUCUGCACCUGCUACCCCUACUAAGGCGCCCUAUUCACCGACAGCCUCUAAGGAGAAGAAGAUCCGAAUAACAACUAAUGAUGGACGGCAGUCCAUGGUUACACUUAAGUCUUCAACAACCUUUUUUGAACUUCAGGAAAGUAUAGCCAGAGAAUUCAACAUUCCUCCAUAUAUGCAGUGCAUUCGGUAUGGCUUUCCUCCUAAAGAGCUAAUGCCGCCGCAGGCAGGCAUGGAAAAGGAGCCUGUCCCCUUACAGCACGGUGACAGAAUUACAAUAGACGUUCUAAAAAGCCAAGCGGAAGGUGGUCAGUCUGCUGCCGCACACUCGGCCCACACCGUCAGCCAAGAGGAGAGUGCUGUGACUGGCAAACUGUCAUCCAAAGAACUUCUGGAGCAGACCGACAAAGAGAUGUACUCCUUGUGUCUUCUGGCGACAUUAAUGGGAGAAGAUGUAUGGUCUUAUGCAAAAGGACUUCCUCACAUGUUUCAGCAGGGUGGUGUAUUCUACAAUAUUAUGAAGAAAACCAUGGGGAUGGCCGAUGGCAAGCACUGUACUUUUCCACAUCUACCUGGCAAAACCUUUGUGUAUAAUGCUUCUGAAGACAGACUGGAGCUGUGUGUGGAUACUGCGGGACAUUUCCCCAUUGGUCCUGAUGUUGAAGAUUUAGUUAAAGAGGCUUUAAGUCAGGUUCGAGCAGAGGCUACUACAAGAAGCAGGGAAUCAAGUCCUUCACAUGGGCUGUUAAAACUAGGUAGUGGUGGAGUAGUGAAAAAGAAAUCUGAGCAACUUCAUAAUGUAACAGCCUUUCAGGGAAAGGGGCAUUCUCUAGGAACUGCAUCUAGUAACCCACACCUUGAUCCAAGAGGUAGGGAAACUCCAAUUGUGAGAAAGUAUACUACAGGGACAGACUUCAGUAAUAGUUCCACUAAAACAGAGCUUCCGGUAUUCCCAGUUGCUCCAGGUAACAAUGAGCUUAUUCGAAUAGCUCCUGGAGUAGUAACAAUGAGAGACAGGCAGCUUGAUCCUGAUGUGAUUGAGGCCCAGAGAAAAAAAUUGCAGGAAAUGGUUUCUUCUAUUCAGGCUUCAAUGGACAAGCACAUGCGGGAUCAGAAUACAGAGCAGUCAACAUCUGAACUUCCUCAAAGAAAAGUAGAAAUUGUAAGUUCUUCUGCGCGGUCUGGAAAUCUUCAGACUGGCUUGUCUGAAUCUUUUUCUUUAACUGGUGGCACUGAAAAAUUGAAUACAGAAAUAACUGAUAGCUGUGUGGGAGAUGCAAUGGGAGCAGCAUUUGCCACAAGGUCAAAAGCACAAACGGAAAAUUCUGUGGAAGAGCCCGAAGAGAUGGAUAGUCAAGACGCCGAGAUGACUGAGCCAAUGGAUCACUCUUGACUUAGUUAGAGGCUAAUGAAGGCAGGAUGUUCAUUGUGAAUAUGUAAUAUUUGUUGGCUGGGCCACAUACCUUGAUUAGUCAUUAAAAAUCUUGUAUGUAUGUAACUCAAAGAUUAUAUCUUGUUAUUCAGUGCAUGAUAGCAAGUGUGUGAUUGGCAAUAGCUUUUAAUGUACUGCUGCCCAGGCUGGCUCUGAAUUCUUGUAAACUAGUUAUUAGAUCUGUUGAAGUAUGUUUCUUCCAUAUAUGUGGUUCAUUGGAAGUUCUUUGUAAUUUUAAUUCCAUGAAAGUCUUAAUGUUUUAAACAUUGAAAAUUCUCUUGCUAAUACAUUUGAUUUCUGAAAAGACCCGAUUGGGAAGAAAAACAGAUUUUGCUAAUGUUGAUGUCAUUCAGAUAGCCAUCCUUGGUAUUUAGUAGAGUGUCAAAAGAUUUAUGUAAAUUUGAAGUUUAUCUGAUCUAAAUUGUAUCUUAAAAGUCAUAAAAUGAUUAUUAGACAGUAGUAUUCUGACAUUUCUGUGCACAUGAACAUAUUCAUAGAGAUAGCUAUUCUUGGUAAAUACUUGGAGAAUAGUGUAAUGAUAUAACAUUAUGCCAAAUUGAGCAAAGUUGGGGAAAAAUAUCUAUUCUAGAAUGAUAAAGUCAAUGUGAUUCAGUUAGUUGCUGUCUGAGCCAACAUAGCCAAUUGUGUACUCUGUUGAUACUAUGUUACCAUUAUUUUAAUCCUGGCCUGGUCAAGUACCACCUAAUUUGGCUUUUUUUUUUUUUUUUUUGGUUUGUUUUGUUUUGUUUGCAGAAAAGUUGAUUGCAAAUUGUGGUAGAAAAAUUAAAAACAAUUAUAGCCGUAGUUAAUUUCUAAUUUUCAGAGUAUGUCAGAUUCAUGGAGGAUAUAUAAAUAAGAAUUUAUCUUUAUAAAAUGUGUUACAUUGUUUUGGAACUUUGAUCAAUGAUAUUUAAGCCUGUAUAUGCUAAGUGUCUUUAAGCCCUUUUGAACCAAAAAUUAUUCCUUUUUGUCUUAGAGUCCAUACGAUUUUCUUUAUUUGUUGGUUUUACUUGGGUUUAGAUGCAAAUUUUACUGCAGCGUACCCUGAGCCUUUGUUUAAAUAGUGUAUCUAUUAAAUCUUUAGUGACAGUGUCUUUGAGACGCAGCUGUCAUGCUUAUUGCUUAAAGAAGAGUGUUUUUCCUGAGAUUGAUACUGCACUAUUUUAUGCUGUUCUGCAAACCUGUAUUCUAAAAUGUACAUUUCAGUCCAUCUGCCUCUGCUUACUGAAAUUAAGUUGAAUUUGAAUGGAUUCUCGAGAGAAAAAUGUGUGUUAAUACAUUCUGUUACUUUAGAGCAUUUCAAAGCCUAGCUGUCUCUGCUUGUACAUGUAACAAAUGCAGAACUGUUUGCGGCUCUAGGAAACUGUGCAUCAGUAUAUUAUUAGGCAUUUAAAAAUCUACCUGUUCAUAAGGGAUGUAAACAGUACUUUUAAUUUGUUUUUUUCAGAUAAGGAAGGUUUUCUUUUUUGAAAGUAUCUUGAACUAAAUCCACUUAUUAAGUUACUCCAUUUUUAAAAUAAAGUGGAGAAUCCAGUCAUUUUAUAAUUUUAUCUGAGCAAGAUAUAUGUAUUAGUUUUUAUCAUAUUGCCACAUUUUUGCAGUAUUUUAUCUUCUAAAUUUACUUUCAAGCAUCUUUAUAUCAAAAUAAUAGCAAGAAAAUUUAGAACUUUUAUAUUAUGCUCUAGUUUUGCAUAAAGAGCACUACCAAGUAAUAUUUAACACCUAGUAUUCUAGCUUCUUUAUUCAACCAAAAAUUACAAAAAUCAUUUACCACUUUAUUUUUGGCUUUUUUAGCCACUAAAACAUUUUCCCCCUUUUUUUAAGUAUAGGAAAGCUGUUCAAUAGCAAAUUAUACAUUGCUUCCAAGUAAAUUAUAUGAUCACCUUUCUUUAACAGAUUAUUUUGUGCACCUGUGGCUUGGUAUGUUAAUAACUGACAAAUAGGAUCUUAAAACAUUAAAUGAAAAAUAUCAGAAAGAAAAUGUAUCUCCCUAUUAAAUAUUUUAGUAUAAAUUAUAAUGCAGAUAUGAACAUUAGAAGAUGGGCUUCAUUUCUGACAAUAUUAUUUUCUGUAGCAACAGCAUGCUCUUUAGAAGCUGGCUGCAUAUGAACAGUACAUUAACAGUUUGAGUUCUCCCUUGAUAAAGAAUAAAAGGCUUGAUUCU